AGCACCUAGCCUCGCUGCGGACAGCUCGCGUUCCGCGCCCUUGUGCAGACCGCAUCCAGCAUCCAGCGGCAGUGCAGUGCUAGGUCUGCUAGGUGGACAAUGGAGCCACCAACACAUACCAUCGAUUUUAAGAUGCCCCUGAGUUCCGAAUUGCAGUACAACAUGAGCGAACAUGUGAACAGCCCUGCCAGUCUGCUGGGAAACUAUUGCGUUUAUUUGAAGAUCUAUCCGGGUGGCAAGUCGUGCGGCAGAGGACCCAGGAAAGGUGUGUCGGCAUAUCUGGUCUUUGCACCCAUCUAUGACAGCGGUGAUGAGUGGGGCGUGCGUAGUGUGCGCUUUCGCAUCACGCUACGUUGUGGGGACCAGGCUGAGAUCAAAGAGGAAUCCUACGACUUUGGCUUCGGCUGCUACAUCGACUCCUGUGGCCGCGACUCCUGCGGUUGGGACGGCAUGUUGGUGCCCAAAAAGUACGUCCCUGGCGGCUUCCUUCGCUGCCGUGCAGAACUGUGGUGCGACCCCAAAGCCUUGGGUCUGGAGCCCAACAAGCGCCGAAGGUUGGAUUACGGCAAAGAGAUGUGGCAGGACAUGAAGUUCACAGAUCUGGUGAUGUGCGCUGGUGACGAUGCCCAGACAGAGCUUCACUGUCAUCGAGCCGUGCUCGCGAAGAGUUCGGAGGUCUUUGACCGAAUGCUCAGUACCGAUAUGAAGGAAGGCAUCAGACAUCGGGUGGUGAUCCAGAACGCUUCCACAGAUACCCUACGAAAGCUCUUGGAGUACAUCUACACGGGGGACAUCGCCGAGACGAUUCCCUUGAGUCAGCUGGGCGAGCUCAUCUGCCUGGGAAACCAAUAUGGUCUGAUUUGGCUGGCGGAAGCCUGUGCGUUGCGCCUUUCAAAUAUGCUAUGUCCUGAGAAUGUGGUGAACAUCCUUCAGGAGCUGCGAAAACACGAGGCAGGCCAUCCGCACAUUGGCGCCAUCUUGGAUGAAACGACAUCCAGGGUGGGCAAAAGCCAUGAGUUGAUGAAGGCUUUGGUCUCAGCUCUCUAAGUUUCGGCCAAAGCUGCCGCUUGGAAAAGAGUUUGUGGAUCAUGCGAUGGGCCGAAACCUUUCCACGCCUAGUUUCGGCCUGGAAUGUACAAAACUGGUUGGUGGUUUGGAAC